UUUGCCCGACAAUUUGUGAUGAGACGUAAUACUUGUCGUACAUACAAGAUUGAGUAAGAGAGAAAGUGUGAAAAGAGCAGUACAGAUAGUGUGUCCGAAUUGAAAACGAAUAAUUUUCAAUGAAUUUGAGCUAGUGAUUCGCUGUGUGACAUACACGAAGGCAAGAAAUAAUCAAAUCAGCUUCAAUUUGUUUUGGAUUUCUGAACGAGAAAAAAAAGGAAAAAAAAUCGCAGGCACAUUUUCUCAAGUGGUUUUUUGUUCGCAUAUAUAUUCCCGAAUUUAAACAAAAAAAGAAGCCAUGGCUAGCCAAACUCAAGGAAUCCAACAAUUGUUAACAGCUGAAAAACGAGCUGCAGAAAAAGUUGCGGAAGCAAGAAAACGCAAACAACGUCGUUUGAAGCAAGCCAAAGAGGAGGCCCAAGAAGAGAUCGAAAAGUAUCGUUUGGAACGUGAUCGUCAAUUCAAAGAGUUCGAAGCCAAGCACAUGGGCUCAAAAGAAAGUGUUGCUGCUAAAAUCGAUGCGGACACUCGCGUGAAGAUAGACGAAAUGAAUCGGUCAAUAUCAACAAAUCGGCCAGUAUUGAUUCAAGAGCUGUUAGACUUGGUCUACGACAUCAAACCCGAAUUGCACAAAAACCUUCAGCUCCAGUUGCAGAACUAAGCUGAAUAAAAUUGCGACAGACACAUAUACACACAUUUAAUAAUUCGCGAUACAAAUACUACUAACACAUACAUUAUUUUCAAACAAAAAACUAAAUCCUUUUAAAUCAAAUUUCAAGAACAAAAAAUAAUCAGCUACAACAAAACGAAACAAAACAAAAAACAACAACCGUUUCUUCUUAGUCAAUACACUUGCAACCAUAUUUUAGUUUUAUUGUUUGUCCAAUUUAUCGCGCGCAAGUGAUGCAUGCUGGUAAUGCCAUGCCAAGCAUUCACUGUCGAUGUGCAACGACACAAAAAACAUCGCACACCAUCAAGAGAGAGAAAAAAUUAAUAUCCGAAUGAAAAUAACAAAAAAUGUUGUGGCCAUAAAUGGUUAAAGCACGAUUGAUAUUGGCGCACUAUAUUCUAAUCAAAUAUAUAGAUAAACAAUAACAACAAAAGCAAAAGGGAUGCAAAUAUUAAUGAAGUAAAAGAAAACAAAACAAAGAUAUGCAAGAAAUGAGAUAAAUACAAGUAUGUUCUAGAGAAUAGGAGUAAUAAUGAUAAUAAUAAUAGAUAAUAGUUCAUGAAAACAAAAUAAUAAUCACUUUAUUUGAAUUCAAUGUGUUAUGUAUAUUGACGGUCAAUCGCGUUCUCUAUUAUUCGUUAAGAUUUUUACUAUUUUUUUUUGUUUUAAAUCAACCCCGAUUCGAUUUUUCGCCGUCACCGCCGGUACCGUAGCCGUGCCUAAAACGAUUUUGUUUGUAAACUUUUGUUUUUCUUUUGCAUACGAUUUUAAGCUUGUAUAUUUAAUUUUUCAAUAUGUUUCCAAAUACGUUUUUUUCUUACUUUCUUUCUUUUUUUUGCUUCAGUCUAAAUUCCAUGGCUAUUGAAUUUUUUAUUCAUGAACAUUGAACAUUCACAAGUAUUAUUACAUUGCGUUAUUUUUAUUAUUUUUUUUGUUUUUUUUUUUAAAUCAAAAGCACAGUUAGCUGUAUCCCAAGUUAUUCCGUUGGAGUUAUUUAAGCACAAUUUGAAUGCGACAAAGCACGAUAACGAAACGAAAAAUCCAAAAUAAAACACACACACACACAGAGAGAGAGAGAGAGAGAGUGUAACGAAACAUUUAUUGUUUAGGUGAUUUUUUUCUCAUAUUAAGAUCACUCUAACUCUGGCCAUAUUAUAAAAUCUGUAAGAAUGUGGUUCAUGCAUGUUAUUGUCCAUAAAUUCUGUUGAAUAAACCAUACAAUUUAUGAUUA